UUGUCCUUUUCAGACCUGUCUGUCAACGCCACUAUUUUUCCAUCCUCACCAGAAUAGAGCGCAGUCACUCAUCUUUCUCUCUUUUUUUUUUUUGCCUUCUUUUCAUUCCUUUCUUUUCUUCAAAUCAAGGAACUCAGCUAUGACUACCAGAGAAAUCCUUCAAAAGAUGAAGGUAAAAGUUGGUUUGGGUUCAUCAGACCCUGACUCAGGGAAAGGAAAGAGCAAGAUGUCAAAGAACAUAACUCAUGGUUAUCAUUUGGUGAAAGGAAAAUCAUAUCAUGACAUGGAGGAUUACGUUGUGGCUCAAUUUAAGCAAAUAGAUAACAAUGAAUUGGGUUUGUUUGCAAUAUUCGACGGCCAUGCGGGUCAGAACGUACCUAAUUACUUGCGGUCCCAUUUGUUUGAUAAUAUCUUACAUGAGCCUGACUUCUGGAAAGAACCUGCAGAUGCUGUGAAGAGAGCAUACAGUAAAACUGAUUCUAAUAUUUUAGAUAUGUCGGGUGAAUUAGGUAGAGGGGGUUCAACUGCAGUUACAGCAAUAUUAGUCAAUUGUCAGAAGUUAAUAGUAGCCAACAUUGGGGAUUCUAGGGCCGUCUUAUGCAAGAAGGGUGUGGCCAAGCAACUAUCAGUGGAUCAUGAGCCAACCGCAGAACAUGAGGAUAUUAAAAAUAGAGGUGGUUUUGUAUCAAACUUUCCAGGGGAUGUUCCUCGUGUUGAUGGACGGCUGGCAGUGUCAAGGGCAUUUGGUGACAAAAGCUUGAAGAAACACUUGAGUUCAGAGCCAUUUGUGACUGUGGAGAAUAUAGGUGAUGAUGCAGAGUUUGUUAUAUUAGCCAGUGAUGGAUUAUGGAAGGUAAUGUCAAAUCAAGAAGCAGCUAAUUGUAUAAAAAAUAUAAAGGAUGCUCGGUCUUCAGCAAAGCGCCUUACUGAAGAAGCAGUUAACAGGAAAAGCACCGAUGAUAUCUCCUGCAUCGUUGUGAAAUUUCAGUGAUCUCAAGGCUCGCAUGAUAGACUUUGAUCCAGCAACUUGCAAGUGUAACAUAAACUUCGGUGUAAUGAAUAAAACGAUAAUGCUUCAUAGCCAUCAGGUGGUGUUAUUAUGUUGAGUCAUUCAUGCAAAUUAAAUGGGACAACUGUGUUAUUUAAAGUAAUAAUGUGGGAAAGAUGUAGAUUCUGAUUAUGUAUAGACCAAACUUUAAUAUGUGAGUUUGCAAGGAAGUUUGUCAGUGAUCUUGAAAGCUUGCUUUCAGAUCACUGCCUAGGCCCAUAAGAUUUUAGAUUAAGUUAUUCGAUUGUAUUAUUGGCCAACACUCCUACCUUUGUUGGAUAAUUAGAGUCUAGAGUGUGUGGGAAGCUUUCUCACAAUUUCUUGUAAUUUUUCAGAACGAACCUGGGAAUGACCUUCAACGAUAUCUUUUCAUAAAUAGGAAGGAGGGUGAUGGCUUUGCAGUAACAUAAGGUUAUCAAUCGUUGACAGGGGCAGAGAAGGAACAUGUUUGUCACCCUUUUGAGCUAUUAUACAAUUUUAUUUACUGGUUU